AUGCCUCGCCGCAUGAGCAAGCCCCCCCCGCCCCCAAUCUUUGUGCGCACGACAACAGACGCGGGAGCCAAGAAGGUCCUCGUCGACCACGAGGAAGACGCAGCCGACGCUCAGGAAGCGGAAGAUACCGUGCCGGACCUCAACGGUCUCGUGGCCACGCCAAACAAGCGACAGUCGCUCAUCUUCGAAUCACCCUCGACACCGACGAGAAUGGAUGGCCGGCGGUCGCCGGCCUCGCCGUCUUGGGCGCCCUUGGAGAUGUCACCGCCGACCCAGAUGCGCGAGUUUGGCGCCGCGCCGCGCGCGCGGCCCCCGACGUGGCAUCACAUGGACCGCCCUGGGAGCUGGCAUCGCAACUCGCUCGAGGUGCCAGCGUUUUACAUGCCGCCAACGCCAUCCGAGAAGCCCACACGCUCGUUUGAGCCCACUCCCCAACACGGCCUGCAUACCCGCAACCUGUCCGCGUACUUUCCACACCCUGGUAUGCCGGCACGCGCGCCGAGUCCCACACCCGAACCACCCGCUGGUGACAGCGUGAUACCAGAUGCGGACAAGAGCGCAUUCGGCUCAGGCGCAGACUACACCGCCCCGCCCGCCGAAGAGUCGGCUGAGCGUCCGCGUACCAGUAAGCGGCGCGGACACCACCAUCGUCACUCAUUGUCCCACAACUUCUUCUCGUUCCUCGACCCGACGCAGACGAAUUCUCAUGUCCACGCACCACCCGACAACUCGCCUACCAUCCCUAUCACUCUCAGCCCCGCCGACGACAAACCCCAGCCGGUGUCCAUGGACGUCGCAUCCUCGCCCGCUACCCUGUCCCCCAUGCCUACCGGCAAGAAGGACCCUCAAGCGCAAGCGCUCACGUCCUUCGCUGUGAUCGAGGCCGUACUCGGCAUUGGGCUCUGGGUUGAAGGCCAGAUGUCCGGCUGGCGUUGUCUCACCGCGGCAGGAUACCUCGUCGUUUUCGACGCCAUGGGCAUGGGUGUCAAUCUCUUCGCCCGCACAGACAGACUAGGCUGGAGAAGUCUGCGACGGCCGUAUGGCCCAUCACGUGUCACUUCGUUGCUUUGUUUCUCGCAGUCGGUCUUCCUUAUCUUUGCGGCAGUAUACAUUGCCAAGGAAGCCCUUGAGCAGGUCGUCCUUGGCGCGGGUGCACACGACCAUGCCGGGGGCUCCAGCCACGGUCACGGCCACAGUCACGGUCACGAACACGGGGCAGGCGAUGAGCGACCCUUCCCGCAACUCCUCCUACUUCUCGCGUCGGUUGCUACUCUGUUCUCUGGGGCAGUGCUCGCGAAUCACGCCAGGCUAGUCGAUGCAACUGGGCCACUCUUCUUUCCGCCGUGGUAUCUCGCCAACCCCGUUGUCAGGGAUAACGGCUUCUUGUCGAACCCCUUCACGCUCUCCAUAGCGGGCACCUGUGCGCUCCUCUUCCUCACGUCGCUCGUCGUCCCAACAUCGUCCAUCCAUUCGCUAGACGCUGUGGCAUCACUCGUCCUGACCUUCCUGACCGGCUCGCUGGCGUACGCCCCGGCUGUUGCCUUUGCCCACGUCCUCCUCCAGACGGCUCCUCCUGCAUCGUCGUCUCAGAUGAAGGCGCUGCGUCGGGCUCUCCGGGACGUGGCGGACGACCGUCGUGUCCUCGGUUUAGGCACACUGCGGUGCUGGACGAUCAACGCUGGCAAGGUUGGGCAUGAGGCCUCGAACGUCAACUCUGCUCCCAACUCCAGAAGGUCUUCGUUCACCGCGAUGCGGCCCUCGAUCUCGACCACCUCGCCUUCCACACAAGCUUUCACGGACUCGCCUCGGGUGAGCCAGGACGUUGUGGCGCAACUCUCUGGCAAGAAGGAGGGUGAUACAGAUGCGCCACUCGUCGUCACAUUGGUUGUGCAUAUCCACCCGGACUCGAGUGAUCGCGACGUUCUGGAGGUGACUCGUAUCAGCUGGUCGAAACUGAGCAACGCGAUUAGCUCGCGACAGAGCGCGGGCGAGGUGAGCGUGCAGGUCAAGCGCGGAUGGGAGGGGGGCGUAGUGUAG